AUGGCGGUGAUUACGCCCAAAUCUCCCUUGCAUGCUCGAAGUGAAGCAUCGAGUCAAGCAUUCUCUGUCAUUUUCGCAGCCAUUGCGCUUCUCAUCAUCCUUGUGUGUGCCUUUUGGGGCUUUGUCUUGCCGAGACUUCGUCGAAAGUCACAACGACAUCGAUCUUUUCGAAGCACUGCAACUCAGUCGUAUCAGGAUGAUUACCAUGAUGAACCACACUAUCUCAACCACCCACCGGUUUUUCACAGCUCUCAGGGUAGACUGAGUCCUGGCGUGCGGCGCUACAAUCCUCGAACAGAGUCGCCCUUCCCCCGUGUUUUUCUAGGCUCAGCACAGAAGCCUCUCGUCCCUCCUGUUUCCAACACAAGUCCUACGACUAGCAGCCAUGACUUGUUUCUCCCUUCAAGAGAAGGAUUCCCACCCACCGACCGAAACAGACCUUUGAAUCAGACGGGUUGCACUCACAGGCAUGGUGCAGAAAAAAAUGACAUAGAGAUGCUAUUGUUUGGCCCUGAGACAGACGACAUCCUCCCAGUUCCAGAACCAUUAGUGCUGAAGCCCAGGCCCGCCGGGAGGCCACCGCCCUUGACCAGGCAGCUUGAGAGGUUUCCGAUGCCACUCGACAUCUCGCGUUCCAGAAAACCGAGAUUGCACUUCGGCCCACGCUCUCCUGCCUGUGCAACUAGUGCUGUCAUCCUGAGGGCAGAUCUUGCAGAUUGCCCUCGCAAUGAACAGAAUCUGACUGAGCCAUCAGCAUCUCCAGCAUCAGGAACAACAACGAAAAUGACAAGGAUACAGCAGCGCAUGAAAAAAAUUCCUGAUGCGUCUCAAAACCUUGACGACAUUCUCUAUGACCCUUUCGUUUUGCCCAAAUCCCAAACAAGUAGGAACAAGUCACACUCUCUACCAGUGAGUGCCGCGCUCAACGAGCCUCGGCCGAGGAGAUGGAGAGGGCUUCUUCGAGCAGGAACUGUGACAAGGCCCCAAACACCCGUAGCGGAAAUGAGGGACGUCUUUGACAAAAGUUCAUCCGCUUCCAAAACGGAGGACAUGUCGAAUCAAAUCCAGCAGACACCGUCGGUCCAGUUGUUUUCGAAAUCAAUCGUGUUCUCAACGCCACCAACCUCGCCAUUGUCAGUCAAUGAUGAACGCAUGCCUAUAUCGAGAGACUCAUCACAUGGCCACGGCAUUGUGCAAUACACGCCACCCGCCGUCUGGAGUGAUGGCAAGAAAAGUUUGGUUGAGAUGUUUUGCAGCCGUUCGGACAGUGUAGCACCCUUACGGCCCCAAACCUCUGGAAAUCGAGAGAACUGGAGAAAUAAGGGAUCUGUUCCGAACCACGGGACAAGACAUGGUUCGAGACCAGCGCGCCUCAGUCUGUCGGUUCUCAGCAAUUUCCGAGCUGCCAAUAUUGGCGGUCGUCGUCACUCAGCUUCGUCACUCGCAACAACGCCCAAGCAGCUAAUCUCUACAGUGAAAGGAGCCAACAGUGUUCAAGCAAGUAGCACUUACAGUCGAGAUGCCACGGCUUUGGAUUUCUCUGACAGUCCCGUGCGUGGAGUAACCCAAGUGAUCGAGAAUCUCCACACUACAGUCGAGCCCAAGGUCAUCUGUAUGGAGUUGGUAAGGUCCAAGAUCGACAAUUGGGACCUCCAUACAGGCACUCUCGCGCCGCCAACAAUCAAGUCCCAGGAUCUCAAACGUGCCGAACCAAAUCUUGGCACUCGGGAUCUCACAGGAAUUGAAGUAAGACCAGGACCCGAAUGGGUAUAA